UCUUUUUUUUCUCUCAAAACCCACAAAAACCCAGUUUUUGGUUGCCUUCAAAACUACCCAGAAGAGGUCUUCUUCGUAUAUAGUCUCAAUGAGUACGGAAGCAGGCGUUGGAGUGAUGGGCACAAAGCUUGGAAUGAUGAGUUACUUUGAAACCGAUGGAACAGUUGUUCCAGUGACUGUCGAAGGUUUCAGAGAAGGAAAUAUAGUGACCCAAGUUAAGACAUCGGCUACCGAUGACUAUGAUGUUGUUCAAGUUGGGUACAGGAGAGUUAGAGACAAGAAGCUGACGAAGCCUGAGUUGGGCCAUUUGGGGAAAGCUGGUGUUAUUCCCAUGAGGCAUUUGCAGGAAUUUAAGUUGCAAAGUGUGGAGGAGUUUGAGACUGGUCAGAAGUUAUCUGUUGAGGAGAUUUUCAAGGAAGGUGAUCUUGUCGAUGUCUCUGGGACCACUAUUGGGAAAGGAUUUCAAGGGUUUUUCUUUGAAAGCUUUAGCUUCCUUUACCAUAAUGUGGGUCUUAUUGGUUUGGCAAUUCAAAUUCCCUAUUGGUGGAAUAGUCAUACAGCAUUGGGGUCUAUUGGUGCCGGAACAACACCUGGUCGUGUGUACAAGGGGAAGAAAAUACUUGGUAUAAUGGGAGGAAGCAAAAGAAAGAUCAGAAAGCUCAAGAUUGUGAAAAUCGACAAUGAGCAUCGAGUCGUGAUGAUCAAAGGUGCUGUCCCUAGUAAGCCUGGAAAUCUGCUACGUAUAACCCCGGCUAAGAUUGUUGGGAAGAACAUACCAAAGAACUAG